GCGUCGAGAUUUACGGUCUCCGUUUGUGCAGAGGAUGCAGCCGAUCAAAUCGUUCUACCUGUUCUCAAAGCUGUUCGGGCUGUGCCCGUACCCGCUCGAUCCGACCGUACCGGUCAACACGCGGGCCAGCUACGUGAAGCAGCUGCUGCCAACGUACACGGUGCUGCUGCUGUACUCCUCCUGCCUGGUGAGCAUCUUCUGGCAGAGUGGCAACACGUCCGACAUUUCCAACGCCGCUAAUUGGAUACAGUUCAUUCCCAACUCAUUUGCGUACGUCUUUUCGCUCGUCUUUGCCAUCCGGCAUCGCACGAUGGCGAACGAAAUUUUGACCACCUUCGCCAUCGCCGACGAUAAGCUGCGAACGCAGUUUGGCAUUUCCUUCACAAUGCCAAACGUCAAAAUGAGACGCGUGUCUAUCCUGGCUUGCAUUGUCACCAUGACCUGCGGCAGUACCAUCGGGGCGCUCACUUAUUUGAUCGGAGUUAAUUGGAAUCGUAUAUGGACGUUGCUUUAUUGGAUCGCCUUCUGUAUGCCAAAGUUUGGAUUGCUUCUGUUCAGUUUCCAGUUCGCCGGCUGUAUCCUGUACCUGUCGGACCGGGCCAUGCUGCUGCUGAGAGGCAUGAACAAUUUUCCGGUCGGUGUGGAAAACCUCGCCCUGCAGCCGCAAACCCACGGCCACGGGCCGCAGUACAAAACGCUCAACAUGGCGAUGGGCGGCAACCAUCUGCCGAGCAUGCACGAGGGCAAGCUGAACCGGCUGACCACGCUCGCGACCAUCAAGAUCCGCGCCAUCAGCCCGCUCGACUCGAUCCAGCACAUCCGCGAGGUGGUCGAGCUGCUGCAGGACCUGUCGGUCAAGAUAAACCACUGCUUCGGCAAGCAGGCCAUCUUCUCGCUGCUGUCCGCGUUCACCUGCGUCACGGUGCAGCUGUACUACAUGCUGAACCACAUCAAGUCCGGCUUCACCGCGUCCCGGUCCGAGAUCUAUGCGCUCGCGUCCUGCAGCCUGCUGUUUCUGCACGGCAUCGAGUUUUGGUCGCUGUUUACCAGCGGCGAGAACGUGCGGCUCAAGUGGAAAAAGGUGAUCAAUUUCCUGUUCUUCAUGAAGUCCAAAUCGGCCGACGAUGACUUUCGCACCAAGGUGGACGAUCUGAUUUCGUUCAUGGUGACGAAUCCGCUCGAGUUCAAUGCGUACGGGCUGUUUCCCAUCGAUCUGUCGGUGCUGACGGGGAUUGCUUCCUCCAUCACAACGUAUCUGAUCGUGCUGAUACAGUUCAAAAUAUCCGAGGAGCAGUCCAGCGGCUAUGACGAUGAUUCGGACGAGAAAAGUCAGAUCCAGUAUUCAGCACACUAG